ACACACACACACACACACACACACACACACACACACACCCUACAUAUGUAUACACUGUGUGGUUUAAAAGGGGCAACCAUCGCUUUGUGAGACCCAGGGGCUCAAGAGCAAGGCAUGCGGAGUCUGGGCCCUAGAGAAGUCACAAUUAAGUUCCAGUAGCUGUAACAGCCACAACAUAGGCCUGAUACAAAUGAUGACCUUUGGAGCCUAUGGUGGACAGGACUCUACAGCACCACCAAGCUAAGAAGAGUAAAAACAAGGCCUAGCCAGUGGGUAGAAACAGCCUAGGUGCUGAUACUUGAUGUAAGCGGCUCCAGUGCAGCCUGCUUCUUUAGCUGCUAACCCCAAAAGUCAUACAUUUCUGGAGGAUGCAGAAUUGAGUGUCCUGGGUUUCCUGGUCCCAAAGCCCAGCAGAACCUUGUCUGUCAGAGUCAGACUCCUCAUCAGCAGACUCUCAAGCUGGGCACUCACAAAGAAAUGUUUACUCAUAUGGCAAAUAUAUCUGAACUCUGAAGGCUACUAAUCUCAGUGGGUAUGCUGGUCAGUGUUCCUGUCCUAGCUGUACCUGCUAAUCUGGCUAGUGGUACUGACCAUGUGCUCUGGUGGAAGAAGUUGCCUUGGUGACAAAUAUCACCCUCCCCUGUGUGGGCCUAGAAUGUCUAGCAUCUCUUUCAACAUCUAAUCCACAUCUGAGCAGCUUGACUAUCCAGAGCGUCCUACGCUCUUGUCUCAUGUAGAGUUCACCAUUCGUGUUGUUGCUGACAGUGAUAGGCACUUGCUUCCCCAACCUUGAACCAGUGGCUCAGGCAGUAGCCACUGACUCAAAGUUAGGUCAAGUAAACUAUUAAGACUAGAGCUUCUGUCCUCUAGCCUUCUUACUAUCCCAGGGGCCAUCUGUUCUCUUCAGCGUUGGAGGCCACCCAUCCCACUGUCAUUUUCAGGGGACAAGGAAUCAGGGAGGUGGAAAACAGUCCCUCAGUAGGAUCCAGACCCUGCCUCCUAGUGAGUGUCUGAUUGAUGGGACUGGCAGUAAGCACAACCUAUCCCACACGUGUCCUCAGCCAGAACCCAUUCCAUAUGUAACCUAUUUCAGGACACUGUCUUGUAUGAGGAGACCACCCCAGUCCCUUAGGACCUGAGGUUGAAGGUGCCUCUUUGAGGUUUUCCUACAGAGCAGCUAAGCAUGGCAGGGUCCUACAGAUAAGACCACAAACAUCUAACAAGGCUUUGUGGAGAGUACUGGCAGUUUGGACCAAAGGCCACUCUUGGAGAAAAUAGGGCCUUGUGUCGGCCACCCAAACCUAGCUUGGUUGUCCCACUCCAGGACCCAUGAGUGGAUGUGGAGAUGUUUGCCAACUGGUGGUGGGACUAGCCAUGGAGGGCUGAGCAAGAGCAUAGGGAUUCUAGGAGUCGUGCACUUGCUUUAUGCCUGCUCUGGAUGUCUCUACAUACUGACUGGAGGGUUGUAUCCUGAGACAUCUGCUGAAACCUGGCCUCUAAGGCAUCCAGACAGCAUCCCUCUGCCCUGGGCCUGCACCCCAGAGAAGUGCUGGGGAGUAAGAUCUGCCAGGCUGCAGUGUAUACUUCCAGACCCACUUUGUUCUGGGGACCAGGUACCUUGCUGUGGAGAGAGAAUGUGAGGAACAAUAUGAGCUACAUGAGAGAGUCUAACCUAGCAUACUUUUGCUUAGCAACUUGACACUCCCCAGGGCUUGCAGUAGGGUGGGGGUGCUCUAGCCUGAGGGACCUUGAAGCUAGUGGGAGUCCAGAGUUCCCCAGUAUGAUUUCUGAUACGAAGUGGAAAGGAAAAUUGGCAGCAGCCAGGGAAGGCCUGUAGGAAGGAAUUCCAGCCCUAGGGCAGCUGGCACCAAGUGAGAAUGUACGGCCAGUCUUCCAUGUCAGUAGUUUGGGGGACAGGAGAGUGGUCAGCAGAACUCCAAACACCAGGCAGGCAGAGAUGAUGGAUGGACCCAAGGCUGAGAACCUAAGAAAAGCCUGGGUGGGUACUGGAGGACCUUUUGCACUAGCCAUCCUUUGUCUCCCGGCAGCACAUAGUGACUUGCAGCCAGGUCUGCAACCUUAGUAGUGGGGCUUUGACACAGGUUUGGUCUUGGAGUACUACUGAGAGGCUAUGAUCACUUUGGAGCAGGGGAGAGGUCAAUGAGGGCCUUAUCCAGGGAGACCCCUAGGGCCUCUGAGGUAACAGGCACUAAGAGCCCAGCCCAAGUGUUCUGUGAGCAGUGACUGUGUGUCACAUGCUACCUCCAGGAAGCUGGAGUCCCAAAUGCUCUGGGAACAAUCUCCAGAAGGCUCCUGGGAAUAUCCAAGCUCUGAGAUCACUAGGGCUACCCAGUGGAUAGUCAAUGCCCAGAGGCAAGUGUGCUGUGAGGCCUUAGGAAUGUAUCAGACCUCUCAUAGCCCAGGCCUUCUAGCCCAGACCCUAGCCAACUCCCUAAUGACAGAAAGGCAGGGACCUGGGGGAGCUCCCCUCAAAGGACCCCAUCUCUUUCUUUGGACCUUAUACCAUUUAGGCACUUUCUCCUCCCUGGGCCCCCAUACCCUCUCCGUACUUCCUCCAUGGGCCCCCCCCUUUUUUUUUGUCUUUUUGAGACAGGGUCUCCCUGUAGCCCCAGCUGACCUGGAACUCAACUGUGUCAACCAGGCUGGCCUUGAACUCACAGAGAUCCGCCUGCCUCUGCCUCCCAAGUGCUGCUGGGACUAAAGGUGUGCGCCACCACGCCCGGCUGGGCCCCCUUUCUGAUUCCUAGUACUCAUGGAACAGGCAGGAGAGCUUCAAUCCCCCUUCCAGAGCUCAGGUCCUCUUGUUUGAUAGAACAUUUGCCCUAUCAUUGCCUUUGAGACUCCCCACAUCCAGGAACAAAAUGGGAGGGGCUUCCAGGAGCUCCCUGUGCUGUUGGCCACAGUCCCCAAUCCAUCCAACUCCAGUGUGGCACUCCCCACCCGAGCCCUCAGUGUUUUUUGGGUACCAGCCCUGUUGAUCAAACCUUCCUUCUAUUAGAGUCCUGUCCCACCUGGCCAAAGCUACUCUGAAACCCCAGCAUUUCAAGCCUACCUGACUGGGUUGUGACUUCCUCUGCCCUGUAGUAUGCCCCAGAAGGUACUCACAAUCUAUUGUGACCAGUCUGGGUGUUGAUGAUGUUGCCCAGCCCUGACCUCUCACCCCAACGUCCUGGACCCCAGAGCAGGGAGUUCCCCAAAGGCAACAGCAGCAGCAGAUGAGGGAUGUUUGUGAAGCACUUGUAAGAACAUAAGUGUAAUGGGAGGGGAAGGGGCAGAGAUAAGAUAGGGGCAGAUAUGCAAGGCAUUAAUGGGUACAGGUAGACAGGGAGAGGGUGAUGAUGGGGCAGACUGGACUGUGUUUGAGAGUGUUUGCUGCGCUCAGUGAAGGGUCCCUGCUGGGUAGACUUGAGACCAAGUGGGCAAACCUGCUUUCCAAGGGGGAGGGGCUUUUUCUGAGUACCUGAGCAUCUACUCCCAAUCUGGAACCCCCAAGCCAAGGGGCCUAUGUGGACCCCAGACCCAUCCUGGUUCUAGCCCUUACCAUGGCUUCCCACCCAUUCUAGGCCUGUCAGGGAGAGGGCAGGAGGCCAGCCAAUCCCUGAUGCCCAGUACCACACCCCUCGCCACCAUGACCUGGAGGGUAUAAAUACACCUGCUCUGUAGCUCAUGCCCUGAGAACCCACACUGUCUUCAGUCAACCAGCUCCACUCCUGGAUGAGCACACUCAUCACACUCCUCAUCCCCACAUACACACAGAGGAGAGGGUGUGCCAACCAGACCGGUGCCACAGGACACCUGCUGGCUGCUGGCCCGUGGAGGGACACCUACCAGGUGGAGCAGAGGCUGGGCUGAACCCAAAGGAGAGGGAGCAAACGCUGCUACAGCUGGUCAGACACUCAGAGCUUUGCAGUGGCUAGUGGAGAGGAUCAUGCCCAGGAACCGUUGACCCCCAGCUACCAGCUCAGAACAAUGACAUCAAGCCAGCAGGUGUGGUGCACAUCUAUGCCACCCCGCCGCCAGAGCUCCACAGCCACGGGGCCCAGGUCUCCUGGCCCAGCUAGCAGCCCCAGGUCCCCCAGCACACCUGGCUCAGAGAAGGUAGCCUCCCCAUUGGAGUGCUCCAUCUGCUUCUCAGGCUACGACAACAUCUUCAAGACGCCCAAGGAGCUCUCUUGCACUCAUGUCUUCUGCCUAGAGUGCCUGGCCAGACUGGCAGCUGCACAACCUGCAGGCCGCCCUGGCAGGGAAACUGUGCCCUGCCCAUUCUGCCGGCAGCCUACAGCCGUGCCAGCUGCUGGAGCCCCUGCACUGCGCACCAGCCGCAAGCUGCAGGCCAAGAUGCCAGUGCACCUGCAGAGGGAAGAGCCUGUGUGGCUUGAGGGCACCAAGCUUUGCUGCCGUCCACCACUCACCACUCCUGGCAGAGAGGCCACUGGCUUUGUGUGUGUGGAUGUAGGCCUGAACAAGCCGGCCGAGCCCACUCUACCUGCACCUGUCCAGGACCCCGCCCCUCACCAGGGCCACCAGGGCUGCUUGGCCCGUUGCUGGGCACGCUGUAGGGACUGGCGGCGUGUAGCACUGGUUUCUGUGCUGCUACUGGUGUUGUUUUGUGUGGUGCUCUGGCCUGUGCAGUGUGUGCUCAAAACUGGGAACCUGCACUGCCUCAACCGGCCACCUACAACUACUGCCACUGCUGCCACUGCUGCCCUCUCCCUUGAACCCCUAGCCAAUAACUAGGGUCUUCAACUUGGGCAAGGCCAGCUACCCCACCAGCUCCAUAGACAGAUCCAUGACCCAUUGAGGUCAAGAGCACAGAAGCUUUGGAAGUUGGUCCCCCAAGACCCCAGUGAGGACCCAUGUGGGCCUCUCACUCUCUGGUCUGAGUGCCAAUGGGGAUAAAAGUGUCCCCAACGCCUCCAAGAACUACAGGCCUCAAAAGGCCCCAGAAACCACCCCUCUGACCCAGACCCACAAAUGGGGAAAUGAACCAGGAGUACCUGGCUAGGUCCCUGUCCUCCCUAACCACACUGAAUUGCCAAAAAGGCAGGAGUUUACCAUCUCUCCUUUCUUGAGACAGUUCACCAGGAUCUUAUCUUGGUCCUUUCUCUGGGAAGGUCUAGCACCUUCCACUGGGAGUGCUGAGUAGCUAGUCCUCUGAACCAGGAAUGAAAAUGAAGAGGCAGAGCACUCCUUGAACCCAGGCCACUGUAGGCAUGUCCCAUCUGUCCCUGGCACCAUUG